UGGUUAUUACCCUAAAGCCCGAAAACCUCGUCUACGUCUGUUUGAAACGACGGUGAGAGCAUUGCCCGCGAACACUCACUCUUGUACUAUCCACGCUUCACAUUCCGCCAUGGACGAUAGCUUGUACGACGAGUUCGGCAACUACAUCGGCCCGGAAAUGGAGUCCGACCAGGACUCUGACCGCGACUCCGACGCCGAAGCCGACGACAAAGCCGAUGGUCAGUCCGACGGUGGAGCCCCUUCCGACGGCGAGGAUCCGAACAACGGAUGGAUGACGACGAUCUCGGAGGACGUGGAGAACCAGGUGGUUCUGGCGGAGGACAAGAAGUACUACCCCACCGCGGAAGAGGUGUACGGCGAUGACGUUGAAACCCUAGUCAUGGACGAGGAUGAGCAGCCCCUGGAGCAACCUAUCAUCAAGCCCGUGAGGAACAUCAAGUUCGAGGUUGGAGUGAAGGACUCCUCCACCUAUGUCUCCUCUCAGUUCCUCCUGGGCCUCAUGUCGAACCCUACGCUUGUGCGCAACGUGGCGCUGGUGGGGCACUUGCAGCACGGGAAGACCGUGUUCAUGGACAUGCUCGUUGAACAGACGCAUCACAUGUCCACUUUCGAUCCUCAGAGCGAGAAGCACACGCGGUAUACGGACACUCGGAUUGAUGAGCAGGAGAGGAAAAUUUCGAUCAAGGCUAUUCCCAUGUCGCUUGUGCUGGAGGAUAGCAACUCCAAGUCGUAUCUGUGUAACAUCAUGGACACCCCUGGCCAUGUUAAUUUCUCCGAUGAAAUGACCGCGGCUUUGAGGCUUGCUGAUGGCGCUGUCUUGAUUGUAGAUGCUGCUGAAGGAGUCAUGGUAAACACGGAAAGGGCCAUACGUCAUGCUAUUCAGGACCGGUUGCCGAUUGUGGUUGUAAUCAAUAAGGUUGACAGGCUUAUAACUGAACUUAAGUUGCCGCCUAAGGAUGCUUAUCAUAAAAUAAGGCAUACAUUGGAGGUUAUUAAUACUCACAUAUCUGCUGCCUCCUCGAUUGCGGGUGAUGUUCAAGUUGUGGAUCCAGUUGCUGGAAAUGUUUGUUUUGCUAGUGGUACUGCUGGAUGGUCCUUUACGUUGCAGUCUUUUGCUAAGUUGUAUGGGAAGCUGCAUGGAAUUCCUUUGGAAGCUAAUAAAUUUGCUUCUCGACUGUGGGGAGACUAUUAUUUUCAUCCAGAUACGAGAGCCUUCAAAAAGAAGCCCCCUGCCAGUGGAGGCGAGCGAUCUUUUGUAGAGUUUGUGCUGGAGCCUCUUUACAAGAUAUACAGCCAAGUGAUCGGGGAGCAUAAAAAGAGUGUAGAGACUACACUUGCUGAACUAGGAGUCACACUAAGUAAUGCGGCCUACAGACUAAAUGUCAGACCCUUGCUAAGGUUGGCAUGUAGCUCAGUUUUUGGUCCAGCUUCAGGCUUCACUGAUAUGCUUGUUCAGCAUAUACCUUCCCCGAGGGAUGCUGCAACUAAGAAAGUUGACCACAUAUAUACUGGUCCUAAAGACUCGUCCAUUUACAAAGCUAUGGCUCAGUGUGAUGCUUAUGGCCCCCUAAUGGUUAAUGUAACCAAACUGUAUCCAAAAUCUGAUUGCAGUGUGUUUGAUGCCUUUGGUAGAGUUUAUAGUGGCAAGAUACAGACAGGACAGGCUGUACGUGUUCUAGGAGAAGGAUACUCACCGGAUGAUGAGGAGGAUAUGACUGUUAAAGAAGUAACUAAGUUGUGGGUGUAUCAAGCUCGAGACAGGAUGCCAGUAGCUGAGGCUCCUCCUGGUUCUUGGGUCCUAAUUGAAGGUGUGGAUGCUUCAAUCAUGAAAACUGCCACUCUUUGUAAUGUGGAUUAUGACGAAGAUGUGUAUAUAUUCCGGCCUCUUCAGUUCAAUACACUGUCAGUGGUAAAAACAGCUACUGAACCAUUAAAUCCAAGUGAAUUGCCAAAAAUGGUGGAGGGCCUGCGAAAAAUAAGCAAAAGUUAUCCUCUUGCAGUUACUAAAGUAGAGGAAUCUGGUGAGCACACUAUAUUAGGGACUGGUGAGCUGUACUUGGAUUCAAUUAUGAAGGACCUGAGAGAGCUCUAUUCUGAAGUAGAAGUCAAGGUAGCAGAUCCUGUUGUCUCAUUUUGUGAAACUGUUGUUGAAUCUUCAUCAAUGAAAUGCUUUGCUGAAACACCAAACAAGAAGAAUAAAAUAACUAUGAUUACCGAGCCAUUAGAAAGAGGCCUUGCAGAGGACAUAGAGAAUGGUGUUGUUAGCACUGACUGGAAUAGAAAAAAACUAGGUGAAUUUUUCCAGACAAAAUAUGACUGGGAUCUUCUUGCUGCACGGUCAAUAUGGGCAUUUGGCCCUGAUAAGCAGGGACCCAAUAUUCUGUUAGACGAUACUCUACCAACUGAAGUUGACAAGAAUCUGCUGAAUGCUGUGAAGGAUUCCAUUGUUCAGGGAUUUCAGUGGGGUGCACGAGAAGGACCUCUGUGUGAUGAACCCAUCAGAAACGUUAAGUUCAAGAUUGUUGACGCAAGGAUUGCCCCUGAACCACUUCAUCGGGGAUCUGGCCAGAUCAUUCCCACAGCCAGACGAGUGGCCUAUUCAGCCUUCCUCAUGGCUACUCCUAGGCUUAUGGAACCUGUGUAUUAUGUGGAGAUUCAAACACCAAUUGAUUGUGUAUCUGCAAUCUACACUGUAUUAUCUAGAAGGCGUGGACAUGUUACUGCUGAUGUUCCUCAGCCAGGCACCCCGGCCUAUAUCGUUAAGGCAUUUUUACCCGUGAUAGAAUCUUUUGGAUUUGAGACAGACUUGAGAUACCAUACUCAGGGUCAAGCGUUUUGUCUGUCAGUCUUUGAUCAUUGGGCUAUUGUUCCUGGAGAUCCUCUGGACAAAAACAUUGUUUUGCGCCCACUUGAACCGGCACCUAUCCAGCAUCUUGCUCGGGAGUUUAUGGUGAAGACCAGGCGGAGAAAGGGGAUGAGUGAGGACGUAAGCAUAAAUAAGUUCUUUGAUGAGGCUAUGAUGGUGGAACUGGCUCAGCAGGCAGCAGACCUUCAUCAACAAAUGAUGUGAUUCUGUAUAAAUGAUGCUUCUGCCUAUUAUUCAGGGGUUUUCUUCAGAACUUUGAGCCUUAAGCAGUUCCUGUUAUAUGUGAUGCAAGCAAAAUUUCAAGUGGGUGGCAUUGCGAGUUAUCAGAAUAUGGUUCAGCUAUUUUUACGUACUGAUACAAGCUCGGAUGCAGAUGAAAUAUCAGUCUACUACCUUCUCUCUUUAGUGUGAAAAAGCUGCAGCUUUUUUUAUGUAAUAUUCUCUUGUUUCCUCCAUAGAUCGUAAUUAUCCGAGUGGUUGUAUUUCUAACAUCUUCGUAGUAUAGGUUCAACAAAAUCCUAUUUGCAACUUAGCUGCUGUAGUAGUUAUGGACUUUAGUCAAAGCACAUAGACAGAUAAUGCAGAGGAAAAACUAUAAUUUUUUCAGGGAUCGAUUUAUACAUGGUUGACAGGUGUUCAAUUGAUGUUUA